AUGCUCACAGGCCACACAGCGACUCUCGAAGGGCGGAAGUUCCGGCAGCAAGCCCCGCCCAGCGGAAUUUACUGUCAGCAAAGUAUGUGUACUUCAGAGUUAUUUGAAGAAUUAACUUUGUUCUUAUCUAAUGAUGAUUCAAGCACAAACUUGAAAAGAAUGUCUGUCUAUGUUAUUUUGGUUCUGGUUUCAAAUAAUCGAAGUGGACAAACACUUGUGAGAGAAACAGGUUGUAUUACAGUUUUGUCACAGUUGUUCAGGACAGUUUUUUCAAGCUAUGAGUUUAAUUUGUCAGAUAAAAAUGUUUCCCAGAGGUAUCAGUUGUGGUCUUCAGUAUGUAGUACCCUGUGUGUCUGUGUCAAUAAUCCUCAAAAUGAUGAGAAUCAAAUGUUUUGCUGUUCACUUUUUCCAAAUGCUAAUGAGUGGAUAAUAAAUUGCAUGAAGCCUGAGAUAAUUCGCCCUGUUUGUUCAUUUAUUGGACUUACUCUUGCAAAUAACACAUAUGUUCAGAAAUACUUUAUAUCCGUGGGUGGACUGGAUAUACUGUCUCAAGCUCUUGUACAACUGGAAUCUGAUUCACACAAGACUCCUUCCAGUGCUAAGCUUGCAGUAGUGGUAACAAAGACAAUGGAUGCAUGUAUUGCUGAUAAUCCUACUUCUGGAGUGGUACUGUCUAAAUACUGCAUUGUUUCAAAACUUCUGGCAUUACUGUCUCAUGAAAGCCUGGAUUCAGCAGAAAGAUUUAGCAUCAUUCUUGCUCUUGGUCACUGCACAGAGGAUUGUGAGGAAAAUCAGUAUGACCUUUUUAAAAACAAUGGACUUCCACUCAUGAUACAGGCUUUAACUGAAUCUCAGAAUGAGGAACUAAACAAAGCUGCCACUUUUGUGCUUCACAACUGCAAAAAGAUUAGUGAAAAAUUAUCUCUAAGUCUAGGAGACUAUUCUUUUAAUGAAAAUGAAGCAGAACAAUUAAAGGACAUUAAUGUAACAGAAAAGAAUCUUGAAGAGCACUGGAAGACAGCAAAAGAAAUCCUGCACAGAAUAGACCUGCUUGAAAGAGAAGAAAAUGAGGAAAAUAAACAAAGAGGAAAAUAUAAGAAUAGUUCAUCUAUGAAAAUAAACAUUCAGGAUACAGUGAAACAUCUCCAUGCAGAUGAUGUUGGUGGUACUACAGAAGAAGAAGAUAAGGUUAAAAGCCAGCCUAGACAACUUCAGAGCUAUAAGUCCCAUGGAGUCACUUCUGAGGCUUGUGCUAGUGAUGACCAGCCAAAGAUGCUGUUAGAGAAUACAAAUCCAGUGACUGCAAGCUAUAUGGAUAGUGGACAAAAUAAAACUUUGCAUAAAGCCACCUCAAGCUGCAAUCAAAACCUACUUGAAGAAAGGACUUUUAACAAAAAGAAUUUUGUUUCUCAAUCAAGUGACUGUACUUUUAAACAUCCAGCUCAUAUUGUCAAGAAUAAAAAGCAGCAGUCAACAGAAAUAGAUCCAUUUACAUUGUGUUUGGACAUAAUAAAUAAAGAAGUUGUCAAUUUUCAGUCAACUAACAAUUGCUCCAAAAUGUUGAACUAUAGGUGCUCAGGUUGCAUAACAGUAGGAAAAACCCUGAAUAGCCGAAAUUUUACCAAGCUCUUGCACUCUUGCUCAUACCAAUGUGAUCGUCACAAAGUCAUUGUGGAAGCUGAAGACAGAUAUAAGAAUGAACUAAGGAAAUCACUUAUUUGUAGCAAAAAAAUUCUACUGACCCCUCGUAGAAGACAACUCAUUAAUAAAUCUACUAUCCCUGGAGGAAUAAGUGAAUAUACUUAA